UCCCUCAGCCCCUUUUUAAAUAAAUGCCUCCCUCAAGCGGGAGGUCGAUUUUUCAGGAUGGCUGCGAAUUCUCUGACUUUUGCGGUGAUUUUUGUGACUGCCAGCGUCCUUUUUGCUGAAGCAGAAUACCAAUACCAGGAAGUUCAUGGAGUCCUUCAGAAUGGGAAUCGGUGUGUCUGCAAAAUGCAAUUUUCUGCAUGGGAAUUUCCGGUGGAAAGAUUUGGACAGUUACAAGAUCUGUCACAGAAUUGUACCAGAUCUCUAGAAGAGAGAAAAUUAGAGGCAACUUUUGUUGAGUCGAGGAUUCCAGAGUUCCAGGAAGAGUUAUUGAACCUAUCUACUCAGCUGCAGCAGUAUGAGGCAAUGUACAAACAGCAACUGUAUCAACCACUCAACUUUUGGAGCCUCCGCCGGGACUUGAAACAACUCAGCUCUGACAUUGCAAAGGCGCAGAGUGUUCCUUCAUCAACCACUAACUUACUUCGCAAGAUCUUCACUGAGAUGCUUGAUACCCGCCUCAAUGUGAAAAAUCUACAGCAAUAUGACAAGCACAAUCUACUGUCCAUGAAAGACCACUUGAAGAAAAUGAAGAACCGCUUGCAGAGUUUCUCCAUCUAUGGCAAUGUACCCAUUGGAAAUUGUUCUAAAGGAAUUUUACGCAACAUAAGCGAGCCAAUAGUAGCACAACUCAAUCCAUAUGGCACAUCAUACCAUUAUGGAGGCUGGGGUAUGGACUCAAAGCCAGGAAGUCUGCAACUCUACUGGGUCAUGGCACUGCUGUCUUCCAACAUUUAUGGGAAUUCAAUCCGAACCUACACUUCUUACAAAAAUUUCCUGACAGCAAAGUCCAACAUUGAUAUUUCAGUGAAAUCAUCAUUCACCACCACCAAUGCGAUUCAGGGUCCAGGGGUUGUGGUUUACAACAACUCUUUGUACUAUAACUGUUAUAAGUCAGGAGAAAUGUGUAGGUUUGACAUGGCGACAAAAGACAUCACAAAUGUUCUCCUUCCUGAUGCUGGUUAUGAAAACAAGUUCCCUUACUGUUACUAUGACUGCUACAGUCAUAGUGAUAUGGAUUUCUCAGUGGAUGAAAAUGGUCUUUGGGUCAUUUAUGCCACUGAAGAGAAUUAUGGCAAUAUCGUAUUGAGUAAAAUAGACAGCAUUAGUUUGGCUGUUAUGCAGACCUGGAAAACCAAGCUCUUUAAGAAAGCAGCAACCAAUGCCUUUGUGAUUUGUGGGGUGCUUUAUGCCACCCGUUACAUCAGUGAGACUGAAGAGGAAAUAUUUUAUAUGUAUGACACAAUCAAUAGUCAAGAGGCCCAAAAUCUUAAAAUCCGUUUUGUGAAAUAUUCUCCAAAUGUAGCAAAUAUCCACUACAACCCAGCAGAUAGGAGACUUUAUAUUUUUAAUGGUGGCUACAUGCUAGCAUAUGAGCUUUGUUUUCAUUAAAUGUUGCAAAUUAGUUAUUUAUCUGUCACCACAUUUAACAAAGUUAGGCUUUCAAAUAUGUUUACUAUAACUGCAUCCACGAUGUAAGAAUAGCUGAGGAUGCUUAACUUGUACAAGAAAUACAUCAUUAAUAAACAUUAAAAGCACUGAUGUUAAAUAAACACAUUGUUGUGGUUAAAAGUUAAGCAAAAAGUGUAGGAGUCAACAAUUCACAACCAUUUGAAAUUUUCACUGAUCAUUAAUAUAAUGAUGGAAAAGCUUUGAUUCGCAACUUUCAGAGAAUGCUAGGAUAAGGAAGAAGCCAACUUCUAGAACAAUUUGCUUGCAUUCUGAAAUCUAAUGUUUUCUCUUCAGAUUCUGCCACUCUUCAAUGGAAGAUGUGGAGGGAAUGUGAUGUUGUGGAACUUGAUGUAUGGAUUCAUUUACAAGAUAAUUGGAUUCUGUAACCGGCAAUGCAAAGUGUGCAUGAUUUUGCAAUUUAUGAGUCACUACACAUGGAAACAAAAUAUUUACAUGACUCGAGUUGCCUUGCUUGACUGUGCCUAAUUGAGGCCUGUUAAAACUGGCUUAAUGAUAUAUGUUAACCAGCGAAGUCCAACAUGAUGUACUGGAAUGAUCAACAUAUCGCGUGACCUGCAUUGUUCAUCUUUGUGUAACUUCUUUUGCCUGAAUAAAUUGUUACAUCUAA